CCCCCCCCCCCCCCCUGUCUCUGUCAUGCAUGUUGUCCGUGCUUUUGUUCUCUCCGUGCUCCUCGUCAUCCUGCACGCGCCCUCGCCUUACGCCGCCACAGACACGCUGCGACACGGCCAUGCACUUGCCGGCAGCGACAAGCUCGUCUCAGGCAACGGCAAGUUCGCGCUCGGCUUCCUGCAGCUCCAACCAGGGAGCUCCUACUACCUCGGCAUAUGGUUCGACAAAGUCCCCGUGCUUACCCCUGUGUGGGCAGCCAACAGGGACAAUCCGGUGUCGGCCAACUCCACUUGGCGGGAGCUCGUCAUCUCCGACGACGGCAACAUGGUCUUCCAAGCCCAGGGCGCCACCGUCUGGUCGACCCGGGCAAACACGACGACCAACGACACCGUCGCCGUGCUCCUGGGCAACGGCAACCUCGUCCUGCGGAGCGCCUCCAACUCGUCGCUCACGUUCUGGGAGAGCUUCGACUACCCGACCGACACCCAGCUGCCCGGCGUCAAGGUCGGGUGGAACAAGGUCACCGGCCUGAACCGCCGGCUCGUUUCGCGGAAGAACGCCGUCGAUCUGUCCUCGGGCAUAUACUCGUCGACGCUGGGCCGCGACGGAGUGGCCAGGAUGCUGUGGAACUCGUCGUCCGUGUACUGGUCGAGCACGUGGAACGGCAGGUUCUUCAGCGCCGUGCCGGAGAUGUCUGCGGGUUCCCCUCUCGCCAACUUCACCUUCGUCAACAACGACCAGGAGGUCUACUUCACCUACAACAUAUUCGACGAGAGCACGAUCGUACGCACCACGCUGCACGUGUCCGGCCAGAACCAAGUGCGCGUCUGGACCGGGCAGGACUGGAUGACGGGGAACAACCAGCCGGCACACCAGUGCGACGUGUACGCUGUCUGUGGCCCUUUCGCGGUCUGCGAACCGAAUGGAGACACUCUUUGCAGCUGCAUGAAGGGGUUCUCCGUGAGAUCGCCGUCGGACUGGGAGGUAGAGGAUCGAACAGGCGGGUGCGUCAGAGACACUCCGCUGCUGAGCUGCGGCGCUGGCGACGGAAACAGCGGCACAGGUAUGGCGGCCGACAAAUUCUACUCCAUGCCGGGCAUCAGGCUGCCCCAGAACGGCAAAGCCAUGCCAGCAGAUGCGUCGAGCGCGAAGCAGUGCGCGCAGGUCUGUUUGAGCAGCUGCUCUUGCACUGCAUAUUCUUACGGAAAAGAUGGCUGCUCCAUCUGGCAUGGCGAGCUACUUAACGUAGCUACUGAAGGAGAUAGUGAUGACACUAUUUACCUUCGCCUUGCUGCGAAAGAGUUUCGGAGCGGGAAAGGAAGCAGCAGGAGUGGCGUGGUCAUCGGUGCUGCCGUCGGAGCAAGCGUUGCUGCUGCUGCUGCUUUGGUUUUCGUUCUCCUCGUAUUGAUCUGGCGGAGAAAUGGGAGGCGGUGGUCUAGGCCCGUAGUACACAACGAUAAAGGUAGCGUCGUUGGCAUAGUCGCGUUCAAGUACGCGGACCUGCAGGACGCGACGAAGAAAUUCUCGGAGAAGCUAGGCGAAGGUGGCUUUGGCUCCGUGUUCAAAGGGUGUCUAGGUGACUCGACUACUACCGUAGUAGCAGUGAAGAGGCUGGACGGCGCUCGACAGGGAGAGAAGCAGUUCAGGGCAGAAGUGAACUCGAUCGGGAUCGUCCAGCAUAUAAACCUAGUCAGACUGAUCGGGUUCUGCUGCGAAGGCGACAGGAGGCUGCUCGUGUACGAGCACAUGCCAAACGGCUCCCUGGACUCCCAUCUGUUCCGAAGCCAUGGCGGCGCCGGCGUCGGCGCCGGGGCAGCUCUAGACUGGAACGUUAGGUACAAGAUAGCUGUCGGGGUCGCGAGAGGUCUGGCGUACCUGCACCAUGGCUGCCGGGACUGCAUCAUACACUGCGACAUCAAACCGCAGAACAUACUUCUGGACGCGUCGUUCCUUCCCAAGAUCGCCGACUUCGGGAUGGCCAAGUUCCUCGGGAGGGACUUCAGCCGCGUCGUGACGACGAUGCGAGGAACCGUCGGGUACCUCGCCCCGGAAUGGAUCAGCGGGACACCGAUCACUUCCAAGAUCGAUGUCUACAGCUACGGGAUGGUCUUGCUGGAGAUCGUAUCGGGGAAGAGGAACUCUAUUACUCAGCAGUCUUCAAGCCAUACUAUUGAAGGUCAACAAGGGGACUAUUUACCAGUGCAGGUUGCGGGCAAGCUUCUUCGUGGAGACGUUUUGAGCGUCGUGGAUGCAGAUCUGCGUGGCGACGUGAACGUGGAGGAGGUCGAAAGGGUUUGCAGGAUCGCGUGUUGGUGCAUCCAGGAUCGCGAGUUCGAUCGGCCGACGAUGGUUGAGGUGGUACAGUUUCUCGAAGGGAUUUGCGAGCCGGAAAUUCCUCCGAUGCCAAGGCUACUCCAUGCUAUUGCAGGAGGCGGCUCAAAUCAGACGGCCGGAGUGUGAGUCGUAGCUUUCUCGGCAAAUUCAACAAUCGUCUAUGAUAUGUCUGUCAGUUGUUAUGGCAAAUAAAUUUGUUUUCUGGAAUAUCUAAUAUCCUGCCAUGUAAUAUUUCGAUAUACCCUGAGAUUUGUAACAUGUCGGGUUUCAAUGUGCCAAUGGGUCCUGUCUCGUAAACAACCCUCUGUGUAUGUACCCCACUUUGACUAUCAACAAAUAUUGU